AUGUAUUUACCCAAGAAAUUUGAAACGAUUUACCUGAGUCGUCGGCUAUCCCGUGAAUAUAGGAUUCCCGCGCUACUUGAAACAAAGAAAAAAAUUGGUUUUUCUCGAACAAAACGGUAG